AUGUCUCCUCCUGCUGUAGUCACUGAAUCCGCCGAUGGACAAACUGAACAACCUACUGCUGCUUCUGCCAUCGCCGAAGAGCUCGAGAAGAAGCUUCAAACCGAUGAACCAAUCGUAGAAGAUGUAAAAGAUGACGAAGACGACGAUGAUGAUGACGAAGAAGAGGAAGACGACGACGCUCAAGGUGCAAGUGGAGGUUCGAAGCAGAGCAGAAGCGAAAAGAAGAGCAGGAAGGCAAUGUUGAAGCUCGGUAUGAAACCAGUCACAGGUGUUAGCCGAGUCACCAUCAAAAGAACCAAAAACGUACUCUUCUUCAUCUCAAAGCCUGAUGUUUUCAAGAGCCCACAUUCAGAAACAUAUGUUAUAUUCGGCGAGGCCAAGAUCGAGGACUUGAGCUCUCAGCUUCAAACGCAAGCCGCUCAGCAGUUUAGGAUGCCUGAGAUCGGAGCCACGUCGUCCCAGAGGGCAGAUGCAUCAGCAACAGCCAUAGCGGAAGCACAAGCGGAAGAAGAUGAAGAGGAAGUUGAUGAGACCGGCGUGGAGGCACGUGACAUUGACUUGGUCAUGACUCAGGCUGGAGUUUCACGUAGCAAAGCUGUGAAGGCACUCAAGGGUCACGAUGGAGACAUUGUAAGUGCCAUUAUGGAACUCACUACUUGA